UAGUAACUGAGUCUUGGCCUCUUUCCAGAAAGAUGAGAUAGUUAAAAACUUAGCUGCACACAUUUGAGACCCCUUUUGCCUGAGCUCUUUUGCAUUCAUAAAGAAAUGAUCAGACUUGACAGAAGAGUUGGUGGGAGCGUUGGAGAUGGGGCGGAUUGAAAAUUGUUUCCAGCUUAAUGAAAUCUGUUUUGAACUUGAUAGCAAAGCAAAUAUAUACAUUUUAUAUAUACAUAUAUGCACAUAUAUUUUAUGUACAUAUAUAUACACACACAUUUUUUUUUUUUAUUGAAAAAGAUUUUACCUAAACUCACCUCUGUGGGCUGUUGGGUUGUUCUCACUACCUCCUCCCUAACUCAGCGUUCCAAUUGCUCCCCCACUCACCCUCAGCGUGGCAGGCUAGGCCAUCCCUCAUCAGAAACGUUAUUUGCCCUUUUUAAAUACUCCCAUUACAUGUAUUUUUCUCUCUAAUUUAGCAGUCAAAGGCAUUUCACAAAUACCAAGUUACUUUAAGUAAAUAGGAAGAUAAGAUUGAGAGGUGGGAAAUAGAGUAAAAGGAGAUCCAUUUGCCGGAAGGAACAAGAGAAAAUCUAAAGGGAAGAAUGAAAGGCACAAGCCCAGUCACCUGGAGGCCUGCGUGGGGAGAGGCUGCGGCUGCCUCUGCAGCAUGGCCCAGCCGUCUUCCAGGUGAACGGGUCAGGGCGGGGACCCCACUGGGCAACGUGGUUCUCCCUCCCCCCUGCCCCCUAGUUUCUUUCCUCUUGGUCUUGGAGUCUCUUUUACAUGCAUAGAGUUCUUCAGGAGAUAGUUUUAUAGAACAUCCUUUCGCAUGGCCUCCCCAUUUGUUUAUUCUCUUGCAGUGUUUUUAUCCUUAAACUUACAGUGGCUCACUCUCUUGCUAAGUGUUCCUGCUCCUUUUGUCCCUUGAACUUGACCUACUUCGAACCCAAACACUGAUAAAGUAGCUGAUCAGUGGUGACUGGAGUGGAAAUUAGAGGCAGAGCAGUGGCAGAGCGCCCAGGAACCUGGCACCUGGUAGGCGCCCCACAAAUAUUUGUUGAACAAAUGAUUAAAUGGAGCCAGAUGCCUGGGCUUCAGUCCCAGCCUCUCACGUGGGCAAAUUCCAUAACCUCCCCGUGUCUCCAUCUCCUCGCCAAAGAAGCCUUAGAAAAUACUGAAGUUCCUGUUGGCUGCCUUAUGGUCUACAACAAUGAAGUUGUGGGGAAGGGAAGAAAUGAAGUUAAUCAAACCAAAAAUGCUACUCGACAUGCAGAAAUGGUGGCCAUCGAUCAGGCCCUAGAUUGGUGUCAUCGGAGUGGCAAGAGUCCUUCUGAAGUGUUUGAGCACACCGUGCUGUACGUCACCGUGGAGCCCUGUGUCAUGUGCGCGGCUGCUCUCCGCCUGAUGAAAAUUCCACUGGUUGUAUAUGGCUGUCAGAAUGAACGAUUUGGUGGUUGUGGCUCUGUUCUAAACAUCGCCUCUGCUGACUUACCGAAUACUGGGAGACCUUUUCAGUGCGUUCCUGGAUAUCGGGCCGAGGAAGCAGUGGAGAUGUUAAAGACCUUCUACAAACAGGAAAAUCCAAACGCACCAAAAUCAAAGGUUCGGAAAAAGGAAUGUCAGAAAUCCUGAACUUGUUCUGAUGAAAGUCCGAUGCCCCUGGAUGACAUUCUUGGACUGAAAGCUGUUGACGUUGUUGAAUCACAUGUUUCUAUAUUGUCCUUAACCCGUGGGAAAAUGGUCUCUCAUCAUUUGCUCUGUUAAGGGUACAAAUUAGCACUUUUUAAAAAGUCUGACAGUUGUAAAAAACUAUGAGCUUUUCCACACACUGAAAGAACAUUUUAAGAAUGGGAAAAAUGAAAGAUUGAGGUUUUAGAAAUUAGUAAGCUGUGCAUGCACUUCCUGCCAAAACCAUUAUGCCCAGUGCAGGAAAGUGCUGGCUUUCAGAGAAGGUGCCCCCAGACCCAGUUACCUGGCGUGUGUCUGGGCUGGAGUGUGGCACGCUGCAGACACCUGCUCCCGGCCUGGUAUUUCAGAAUCGAAUUCUUCAUUCUUUGCAGCCACUGUGUUCUUCGGGGUGUUGGGGGCCUGUGACUUCCUUGGAAGUUGUAUAUGAAUUAUAUACAUACAGACCAUGAUUACAUGGUUCUUAGAACAGACUUUUUGCUUUUAUAAAGCAUUUAGAGAAAAUGCAUACUUUUAAAACAAGUGCUUAAGUGCCAUUUUUAAAUUACAGCAUAUUGCUAUAAUAAAAUUUAUUUAUGCCUUCUUUGAAGACAAAUAGUCUUGAAAAUAAAAGAUAAAAGCAUAAAUGGGACAAUUCCUUCUAUGUUAGUGAGUAUGCUGUGCCAGGCUCUGCUUGUUCAUCAAAUCAGUGAACAAAACAAAGAAUCCUGCAGUAGUGGAGCUUCUGUCCUAGCAGGGGAGACCGAUAAUAAACAGAAUAGAUUACACAGUGUGUCAGAGCGUGGUGAGAAUUAUGGCAAAAGGAAAGAACAGGGCAAAGGGUGGUGGGAAUGCUGGUUGCAGAAUUAAAUAGGAUGGUUAGUUUAAUCUGGAAUCAAAUACAGUUAUUUAUUUUUCUAAAAAUCCAGAUUUAGAAUUUAAAAUCUAAAAUUUAAAAAUGUGAAUGCAACCCUGGAAAGGGUAUCCACAGCAGGGAGUCCCAGAUACUCCUGCUUACUGACGGCAGAAAGGGUUAGUUAGCUCUGAGCAAAGUGCUGCUUUGCAGAGCCGCGCUGGGUGCACCGCGUCUGCCCAGAAGGGGGCCUCGCCGUUCCACCAGAAGCCCAGCUCCGGGCCCAGGAGGGCAGCUCCUUCUCCGUUGCAUUUCUUCAGUGGAUUCAUUUGCUUGAUGCAAAGCAUCUGUAUUUGUUGAUUCUGCUGUUUGAGCGAUGUCUCUGACUUGUUUGUUUUGAAUUACAUUACAGGCUGGAAUGUAAUUGUGGUGAAAGUAUUUUUAUAUUGCUGAGAGUAGCAGCUAAUCACAGUUACAUGCUUCAGAGGGUUUGUAAUUGCUGGGUUUUGUACGUGUGUUUUUAAGUGCAUUUGAGAAGUUUUAUGGCGAAGAAUGUGCAUGAUUUUAAAUCUAUAAUAAUGUUAACGUGUACCUUCUCUUCGAUUUCACCUACUUUCAAAAUUAUCUUCUCAUUAAAUUUUAGUGCUUUGACUAG